AAUCCGCAGGAAAUGCUGAAGCACGCCUCAAAUGCGAGCAGUGUGACUGCCACCGCUACUGCAGCCACCACCACCGCUGGCGCUGCCACCGUCGCAAUACCCGUGCCCCCGCCCGUGCCACUUGGUGGCGGCCAGCUGCUGCGCACCGCCAGCAGUAUUAAUUGCAACGGCAACGGCAAUAGCAACAGCAACAGCAAUUGCAACAGCAAUAGCAGCAAUAAUAACAGCGGGAGCAGUGGCAGCGGCCACAACACACCCCCAGUUCAUGCUACAAGCGGAGGUAUAAAUGGAACAGGAACAGGAACUGGAACCACCACCGGUGGCGGGAAUUCACCGACACCUGCUGCAGCUGCCUUGGCAACGACCGCGCGCAACAUCCACCUGCGACCGCCGCAGCCACAACCGCAACCGCUCAACAUCUCCGCCCUGAACGCCUCCGCCACGAGCACCCUGCUCAAUGGCGGGGGACGAGUGGCAAACGCCUCCACCCUCUUGAAUAUUGCCACCCCCAGUACCCCGCUCAAGCCACUCACUCCCCUCACACCGCUGACCCCGAACGGAAACUGCCUGGGAAAUGGGAGCAUCCAUCAUCACACGUACACCAACCAGCACAUCCUGGCCGACAGCAGCCAUCAACUGCAGCAGCAGCAGCAGCAGCAUCAUCACUCCCAGCAAGCGUCACACUCGCUGAUGCAGUCGCCGAUGCCGGCACAGACGCAGUUGCUCCACCAGCCGCAUCAGCAGACGCAUGCGCACCACCUGAGCCCGGUGGGGCACAGCUACAUUAAUUGUCACAACCUGACGGCCAAUCCCGUGGUUCAGAAGCUGAACAAGCCGGGUCCGUCGCCACGGGAGGCGCUCACCAGUCUGGGCUUGCUCUGUCUCAUUUCCCUCUUGCUGGCGCUGCUCUCGCUGAUUUUCCUGCUGAGGAUCUCGCCCAAUGGACGCGAGGAUGCGUUGGGAAGGAGUUCCACCUCGGGUGUGGUGGCCAACAGCGAGGACUUUAUCGUUGUGUACGACGUCACCUUGGCCCUGGGCGCCCUCUCGCUCUCCCUGAACCUGUGCUGCCUGCUCGUCUGCGCCAUUCAGUUCCUGUUCGCCGUGAAGCUGCGGGCGCCGAUGUUUGAGGGUCGCGACAACCAGUACCUGGCCAAGUCGAGCGCCAGUCGCACCUGUGCCGUCAGUGGCUUCUUCAUCUCCAUUCCGGUGCUCCUCACCGGCCUCAUACUUUACACAUUCAGCCACUUCCACUCGACGCCGGCAACGGUGACCAGUAUCCUGAUCGGCGUGGGAAUCGUCUUCUGCGGCGGCGCCAUGGUCCACAACGUGUUCGUCUGGCAGCGGGAGAAGACCAUCAGCUACCGUGGCGCCCCUAUAAGUUUGGGACUUUCGUUGCCGCCGCCACCCCAUCCGCAUGCGCACAAUAUCUCGCUUCUUUCGGCCAGCCAACUGCCGGUCUCCAUGCCUCUGGCGCUGCCAGUGCCUGUGCCUCAUCCCCUGUCGCAUAGCACCUACCACGCCGCCACCGCCACAUCGCCAUCGGCUGCCCAGCAACCGAUGCAACUGUACCAGAGCCAGCACGCCUGUAUGCUGCAGCCUCCCUCCGUGACGCCCGUCUCGCCCAACCACUCCCACGGCAGCUUCAACCCACUGCUGAGCGGCAACAAUCACUUGACUGGAGGUGGAGCUGUAAACUCAUCGUUCCUUGUCCGUCCGGCCACCGCCACACCGCCCACACCGCCAACGCCCAGGCCAUUGGUUGGGCUGGCGAACACCAGCUGCCUGACGUCCGGAGGACGCGAGGCGAGCGGAUCCGUGAGCCCGGGCAUGCCGCCUACGCUGGACAUGAGCAACAUCACCGUCUCCCUGCAUGAGCUCUCCACGCUUGUGUAGGCCUGCUCCCAGAAGCUGGAGAAACGCCCAGAUCUGUAGGAUUAUCAUUAGUCUUAAGAAAGAAAAGGACAUCCACCGUACCACCGCCCGAAUCUUGCCGAAUUCUAUUUAUAAGCGCGACUUUUGUAAAUAUGUGUACAUAUACAUACAAUACAUACAUCCGAACCAUCUAACCAUAACCUACC